AACCAUGAGUCGUCUUUACGACACCGUUGAGCCGUCGGUUAUUGACGAGCAGAUGCUUUUGCAGGCUGUAGAGGAACAGGGCCCAAAAGGAGAAGCCGGAAAGAUAGCCAAGAAAGAAGGAAUUGAUUUUGCAGAUGUGAUCGGUCUUAGGCUUGAUUUCAAAAAUAUUCUCAAGAUUGAUAAUCUUGGUCAGUUCAAACACCUUGUCAAAUUGCAACUGGACAACAACAUUAUUGAAAAAAUUGAGGGGUUGAGUAUGCUUAUACACUUAGAAUGGCUAGACCUAUCUUUCAACAAUAUUGAAUGUAUAGAAGGACUAGAAAAGCUUGCAAAACUAAAGGAUCUGACCCUUUACAACAACAGAAUAACUAUUCUUGAAAACAUGGAGUCCCUGGUGGAUCUUCAUGUCUUCUCAGCUGGUAACAACAGACUAGAGCAACUUGAAAAUAUUUCAUACCUCCGCCAUUUUGAAAAGCUAAAUUCACUUAAUCUCGAUGGAAAUCCGUUUUGUCAGGAUGUAAACUAUAAGCCUUUUACAGUAGCUCAUUUGCCAAGCCUAGUGUACUUAGAUUACCGUCUCGUCGAUGAGCAAGUGCGAGAAGCAGCCAAUGAACAGUACAAAUAUUCAGUAGAAGAAAUGGUGCAAGAUGAAAACGUGGCUCAGCGCAAACAGGAGGAAUUCGAAAAGAAAGAGGCAGAACGACAACAGCAUAAGGAAGCCUAUGUAGAAGACCUCGAUGGUUCCUAUUUGUUUGAUUCAAUGUUUAAUGAAGAUACUGAAGCAUCAAAGUUGUUGAAGUUGCCAGGAGUGGAUGAGCUUAUGACUAUAUUCAAAGGAAGGUUCACGAAUAUCUGCCAAGAGAUAGCUGAAUUUGGACUGAAGGAGCACCGAAGGCGUCAAAACGAGAUCAAGUCAUUCUUUUCCUGCAUCGAAGAAGCAAUCUCGUCAAAUAAAAAGUCUUGUGUUGAAAGCAUUGAGAACUUUGAAAAUUACAAAAGAAAGGAAUUCGCAGAUAUAAAUACUUUAGCGGACGCAGGAAUCAUAGAAAAGAAGAUGAAGGACAUAGGAACGGAGAUCACGUCUUUGUGGACCAACUUGAUGGGAUACGAAAUGCAAUUGGUGGAUCAACUGGAGGACACAAUCAAAGAUUUUGAGCGCAAUUUUGCAGACAUGGUGACGUCAUUCGUUGAGCACGUUCAAGGACUAAUGACCCAGUGUAGAGAGCUGGAAAAUACUCACAACGAAAAACUCUCCGAUAUUGCAGUUGUUACUUUGGAAAAGUUUAUGAAGAAUGAACUCGAGGAAGAACUUCCCGAAGAACUUAGAAACAUUUUUGUCGACAAAGAUACCCUUAUGAAUUCAGUCUCUGCGUCGCACGAUGGACAUCUUUUUAAAAUCGAUAACAAGGAAGAUGAAAUUGUGACAAAGGCCAAUAGUGCAAUGCAGACGCUGAUAGAGAAGAUUCAUAGUGAUGAAAUCCACAGAAACAGAUCGAGGGUUUCAGAAAUAAACAAUGUCAUUGAUCAUUUCAAAGACGAACUUGAUAAUAUUGAGCCUGGUGCAAUGUAAACAAGCUAACUCUGCGCAUCCAGUUGUCCGUGUUCAAGCUCCCAUUCGAAUUUAUGUGGAUAGAUACAGAGACAAGGGUCAAAUGGUUAUGCCAAAUGCCAGUUUUCUAGCACCAUUCUCAUAGUUCUCCUUCUGUACAUUUUGUGUUGCAAAUGAGUUACCUAGACUCAG